UACCUCUCUUUAUCUUGUAUGAGCGUAUCUAAUGAGAAGAUUGGACAUUCAAUGGCAGACAAUCUUCCAUUAAUUUCCAUAAUCUUCCUUUCAUUUUGCUAUGUAGCUUCAAGCUUUGAUGAAGUGUCCUUUCUCCAGUGCUUUUCACUUCAAGCCAACUCCACUUCCAAAACCACCACAACAAGAGACGAUCCAACUUAUACCUCUCUCCUGCAGUCUACCAUUCAAAACCUCAGAUUCUUGAACACAUCCAUACCAGACCCCCAACUCAUUGUCAGCCCGAUCCAUCCAUCUCACAUACAAGCAGCCAUAGUAUGCUCCCAGAAGCAUGGCGUGCGGAUGCGGGUGCGGAGCGGGGGCCACGACUACGAGGGCCUCUCCUACGUAUCCGAAGUCCCCUUCAUCUUAAUUGAUCCCAUGAACAUGAGGUCGGUUGCAGUGGACGUCGAGCAAGAGAGUGCAUGGGUGGAGAGUGGAGCAACAAUAGGAGAAUUGUACUACGAAAUUUCUCAAAAGAGCGAGGUUUUGGGAUUCUCAGCUGGUACUUGUCCUACUGUUGGAGUUGGAGGACAUGUUAGCGGAGGCGGGUUCGGCAGGAUAUCUCGAAAGUACGGUCUAGCAUCCGACAACGUGAUUGACGCCAAAAUGGUCGAUGUUAAUGGAAAGGUUUUGGAUAGGAAAUCAAUGGGUGAAGAUCUUUUUUGGGCUAUUAGAGGAGGUGGAGGAGCAAGCUUCGGUGUGAUCUUUGCAUGGAAAAUGAAGCUGGUUCAUGUCCCUCCUACCGUUACUGUGUUUGAAUUAGAAAAGAAUAUUGAAGAAAAUGCAACUAUGCUUCUCUACAAGUGGCAAAAUAUUGCACACAAGCUUCAGGAAGACCUCCUCCUCGACGCUUACAUAGGAGUUGUCACUCCAUCUUCAAGUUUGGCGAACAAAACAAUCAACAUCUCUUUCAGGGCGUUGUACCUUGGCGGGAUUGAAAAGAUCCUGCCUUUAAUUCAAGAAAGCUUUCCCGAGUUGGGUUUGACGCGCGAAAGCUGCAUGGAGAUGAGUUGGAUACAAUCCGUCCUUUAUUUCCGAGGAUUCUCUCAAGACGAGUCCACCAGAGUCUUGCUCAACCGGACUCAACCGUCCAAAUCCUUCUACAAGGCGAAAUCCGACUACGUGACGACGCCCAUUCCGGAAACAGCUUUGCAAGGUCUAUGGAGUAAGCUCAUCGAAUACGAGACGUGUUACAUGAUUUUAUCGCCUUAUGGCGGGGUAAUGAGCCAGAUCUCCGACUCGGAGACUCCUUUUCCUCACCGGAGUGGGAACAUGUACAAAAUUCAGUACAUGGUUACUUGGGACAGUGAAGAGGAAAGCAGUCAGCACAUCAAUUGGAUGAGGGAGCUGUACGACUAUAUGGCACCUUAUGUUUCCAGGUUUCCAAGAGCAGCUUUUCUGAAUUACAGGGAUCUUGACUUGGGGAGGAACAACAAUGACAACAAUACUAGUUAUGCUGAAGCAAGUGUCUGGGGUUUGAAAUACUUCAAGAGCAAUUUCAGGAGACUGGCGGAAGUGAAGACGGCCUCCGAUCCGACUAACUUUUUCCGGAACGAGCAAAGCAUUCCCGUGUUGUCACCAAGAAGCCGAUAAGCUUGUUGCCUUCAGAUUGUAUUAGGGAUUAUUAGCCCGUGCUCUGGGGGCAGAACAACAUCAUCACUCUAAAUAAGUGCUGUGACACACUUAGAAACUAUUCAGUGACUAUUGCGACAUAACUAGACAA